AUGGUUAUAGAUCUGCCACUGCACUUCAAAUUAUUUCCCUUAAAAGUUCAAAGUGCAAACUCUAAGUCUCCUACCUUCACUGCAGUUUCUGCUCUUCGUGGAUUCACCCAAUUUGGCUCAUUUCAGGUCUGCCCCAGGUUUUUAGUAUUCUAUUUACAAGAAACAAUGGCUCAGAGGUAUCACAGUGACUCGAGUGACAGGAGCUCAGAUUCUGAUGAAAAAAGAGGAAAUAGGUAUCGGGAUCGGGGAAGUUUGGAUGCAGAGAAGGAAAGAGAAAGGAGGAGGAGAAGGGAAAAGGAGCGGGAUACAGACAGUGACAACGAGGUUGAAAGAGAAUCGAAAAGAAGAAGAGAAAGAUUUGAGGAUGAAAAGCAUGAAAGGGAGGGAGGGAAGAAAAGGGAGGAGAAGGAGAAUUAUAUAAAUAGGGAUAGGAAUUUGGGUCGGGAUUUCGAAAGAGAUGAUAGGAGGGGGAAACAUGGGCAAGGGGAUGACAACAAGGAGAAUGUUCAUAGGAGUAGAAAAGAUGACAGGGUUAGAGAGAGGAAAUCACGUGACUAUGAGUGGGAUGAUGAGGAUGAUAGAAGAGGCGAUAAAAAUGGUGAACGGCGAAGGAGUAGGGAGGAUAAUAGUAAUGAAGAUGAUGAUAAGAGAGAGUACAGGAGGAGAGAAGUGGAGGACGGUUAUCAAGAAAGGGAUCGUAAACAAGAUUCACAUAGGGAUGUGGAGGGUGAUAGGAGGGAUAGAAGGGGAAGAAGUGGACAUAGAAGUGAGGACAACGAUGUGAAUGGGCAAUAUAGGGGUAGGGAGCAACGUCAUAAUGAGGACGAUUCACAGCUGGAUAAUAGGAAAGAGCAGCGAAGGAAUAGAGAAAGAGAAAGGGAGAGAAGGCGCAACAAGGAUGGUGAUAAUGAUAGGAGAAGAGAAGAGAGGAAUGAGAGUAAAGAGGAGGAUAGGAAUUUGAGUAAGAAACAGGGAGAUACGAAGGCACACGAGGAUAUAAAGGUGCAAAAGCCUGAGGCUAAUUCGGCUACUGGCAUGCCUAUGAAUUUGGGAAGGAGUGGGGGAGUUUAUAUUCCGCCAUUUAAAUUGGCCAGAAUGUUGAAGGAAAUUGAUGAUAAGAGCAGUGUUGAUUAUCAGAGAAUGACAUGGGAUGCAUUGAGAAAGAGUAUUAAUGGGUUGGUGAACAAGGUGAAUGCAAUCAACAUUAAAAAUAUUAUUCCAGAGUUGUUUGCUGAGAAUCUGAUACGUGGGAGGGGUCUGUUUUGUCGGUCGUGUAUGAAGUCACAAAUGGCUUCUCCAGGUUUCACGGAUGUCUUUGCCGCUUUGGUUGCUGUAGUCAAUACCAAGUUCCCUGAAGUUGGUGACCUUUUAUUGAGGAGAAUUACUUUGCAGUAUCAGAGGGCUUACAAGCGGAAUGAUAAACCACAAUUACUUGCUGCGGUCAAAUUUAUUGCCCACCUGGUGAAUCAGCAAAUAGUUCAUGAACUGAUUGCUCUUGAGCUGCUCACAUCUCUGCUGGAGAAACCUACAGAUGAUAGUGUUGAAGUGGCAGUUGGCUUUGUCACCGAAUGUGGAUCCAUGCUUCAGGACCUAAGCCCUCGAGGAUUGCAUGGUAUUUUUGAGCGAUUUCGUGGGAUUCUUCAUGAAGGAGAAAUAGAUAAAAGGGUUCAAUUCUUAAUCGAAGGUCUUUUUGCAUUACGGAAAGCAAAGUUUCAAGGAUACCCAGCUGUUCGUCCAGAAUUGGAUCUAGUGGAGCAGGAAGACCAAUUAACACACGAAGUUUCCCUUUUAGACGAGAUAGAUCCUGAGAUUUCUUUAGAUGUUUUCAAGCCGGAUCCCCUGUUCCUAGAAAACGAAAAGAAAUAUGAAGAACUCAAGAAGCAAAUACUCGGUGAAGAAACUGAGGACGAAGCAGAUUCAGAAGGAGAAUCGGGAGAUGAAGAAGAAGAAGAUGAUGAUGAUGAAACUGAUGAAGAGGAUGAAGAACAGAUGAAAAUAAAGGAUGAGACAGAGACAAAUUUGGUCAAUCUUAGAAGAACUAUCUACUUGACAAUUAUGUCUAGUGUUGAUUUUGAAGAAGCAGGACAUAAACUGCUAAAAAUCAAACUAGAGCCUGGGCAGGAGAUGGAAUUGUGCAUUAUGUUGUUGGAGUGUUGCAGUCAGGAGAGGACUUACCUCCGGUACUAUGGACUUCUCGGGCAGCGCUUUUGUAUGAUCAACAAAAUUCAUCAAGAGAACUUUGAGACGUGUUUUGUUCAGCAGUAUUCCAUGAUUCACCGGUUGGAGACUAAUAAACUACGGAACGUGGCAAAGUUUUUUGCCCAUUUACUUGGCACAUAUGCAUUGCCUUGGCAUGUUUUGGCCUAUAUACGGCUAACUGAAGAAGAUACAACCUCAUCUUCCCGCAUUUUUAUUAAAAUUCUCUUCCAGGAAUUGUCUGAGCACCUUGGAAUCCGAUUACUCAAUGAGCGUCUUAGCGAUCCUACCAUGCAAGACUCUUUCGAAUCUAUUUUCCCAAAAGACAAUCCGAAAAACACGAGGUUUGCCAUCAACUUCUUUACAUCCAUCGGUCUUGGUGGAAUCACAGAAAACCUGAGGGAAUAUCUCAAGAAUAUGCCUCGCCUUAUUAUGCAACAACAGAAACCAGUCUCUGAGUCGGACGAUGAGUCGGGUAGUUCUAGUUCUGACUCUGAUGCAUCUGGAUCCGAGUCUAAAUCAGGAUCAUCUAGCUCCGAAUCAAGUGACAGUGAAAGUGAGACUGACAGUGAUGAUAAGCGGAGAAAGAAGAGGAGAAGAAAUUAA